AUGAAUGUUAUCGUGGCUGUUUUGAGCAAUCCUGCCCAAUUCCUGGGACCCAAUCAGGUCUGUGCCGCCGCCAUCCAGCGAUGGUAUCCUGACCGUGCAUCUCUCCAGCUUAACCCUCGCGGCAAGCUUCCCACGAAGAACGUCAAGGAUAUCACCCCAAUCACCAUCUGUUAUCUCAACGUUGCUCAUGAAAAAAUGGGCAACCUCAUCCCCUAG